UCGGCCAUGAGCAAGCGGAACCAGGUGUCGUACGUUAGGCCCGCCGAGCCCGCGUUCUUGUCCCGCUUUAAGGAGCGAGUCGGGUACAGGGAAGGGCCCACCGUAGAGACCAAGAGAAUCCAGCCUCAGCUCCCAGAUGAAGAUGCUGAUCACAGUGACAAAGAAGAUGAAAAGCCCCAAGUGGUGGUUUUAAAAAAGGGAGACCUGACAGCAGAGGAAGUCAUGAAAAUUAAAGCAGAAAUAAAGGCUGCAAAAACAGAUGAAGAACCAGCUUCAGCUGAUGGAAGAAUCAUCUAUCGAAAACCAGUCAAGCGUCCCUCAAGUGAAAAAUAUUCAGGUUUAACAGCAAGCUCAAAAAAGAAGAUGACAAAUGAAGAUAAAGUAAAUAAGCAGGACUCAGUAAAAAAGAACUCACAGAAACAAAUCAAAAACACCAGCCUCCUUUCUUUUGACAAUGAAGAGGAAAAUGAGUAAGUGUAAGCCUUUUGGACUUAAGUCUUCUUUGAAAGUAUAUGAGGUAUUUUUUAAGAAAUAUUUUUUCCUAUGUCUUUUAAAAUAACAUUUUUUCCUGUUAUACUAUAAGUUCGUUAUAGGAAAUUUAUAAAAUACAGAAAAAAAUUUAAUAAAACAAAAUCUGUGUCUAUCCAUCAAUACUUCUUUGACUGGAAAUGCCAACUUUAUAGGCAUUAACAUUGUU